AUGCUACUCAAAUCGGUUCUGACAUCCGCCCUCCUGGCCCUCUCUCUGGGAUCGGAUGUUGCGGCAGCUUUUAAGCAUGGACGUUUCGCAGAAAAAGCCCGAGCGCCACAAGAAAAAGCAAAGAAAGCUAUUGAGGCUCGGAACCAGAACCAUGAGCGGUCGCACAAGGAUUUCCGCUUUUUGAGCAAGAAGACCAAACCUUACCUGGUGGACUCUCUGCCUGAUGUUCCCUUCGAUGUAGGCGAGAUGUACUCAGGCCUAGUGCCAAUUGACAUGAGCAAUAGCUCCAGAUCACUCUUCUUCAUUUUCCAGCCUACUAUCAAUGAGCCGGUUGACGAAGUCACCAUCUGGCUCAACGGUGGCCCGGGAUGUAGUUCGAUGGAGAGCUUCUUGCAAGAGACUGGUCGGUUCUUGUGGCAGCCCGGUACUUUUGCACCAGUUGAAAAUCCCUAUGCUUGGGUGAAUUUGACUAACGUGCUUUGGGUUGACCAACCCGUCGGCACGGGCUAUUCAAUCGGUACACCGACUGCCAUUUCUCAGGAGGAGACAGCACAGGACUUUGUCAAGUUCUUCAAGAACUUCCAAAAGAUCUUUGGGAUUAAGAACUUCAAGAUCUAUGUCACUGGUGAGAGUUAUGCAGGCCGUUAUGUUCCCUACAUUUCGGCUGCAAUGCUGGACGAGAAGGAUAAAGAGUACUUUGAUCUGGAUGGCGCACUGGCAUACGACCCAUGUAUCGGACAGUUCGACUACGUGCAAGAAGAAGUGCCUGUUGUGCCUUUUGUCCAGGAAAAUGCCAACCUGUUCAACUUCAAUGAAUCAUUCAUGGCCGAGCUCGACAGAAAACACAAGUCCUGCGGAUACGAGGAAUUCAUCGAUAAAUACCUGACUUUCCCACCCCCGAAGUCCAACCCCCCAAUCUUCAAGAUAAACCCUUGCUUCGACCUCUACGAAAUCAACCUGAUGUGCCCACUCCUCUGGGACGUCCUCGCCUUCCCCACCUCCCUCGACUACCAAGCCGCCGGCUCAACCGUAUACUUCGACCGCAAAGACGUCAAGCGCGCCCUGCACGCCCCAGACAUCAAAUGGAGCGAGUGCUCCGCCGAGCCGGUAUUCGUCGGUGGCAACUCCGGCCCGCAGCAAGAAGGCGACAUCUCCGCGAAUCCAAUCGAGCACGUUCUGCCGCAGGUCAUCGAAGCCACGAACCGCGUCCUCAUCGGCAACGGCGACUUUGACAUGGUCAUCAUCACCAACGGCACCCUCCUGGCUAUCCAGAACAUGACCUGGAACGGCCACCUUGGGUUCCAGGAGAAGCCCGAGACUCCUAUCGAUAUCAAGAUUGCGGAUCUCAUGUACGCCGACGUCUUUGCUGAGAAUGGCGCCUCGGCCCUCGAUGGGCCCCAGGGUAUCAUGGGCGUGCAGCACUACGAGCGUGGCCUGAUGUGGGUCGAGACGUACCAGUCUGGUCAUAUGCAGCCCCAGUACCAGCCGCGCGCGGCUUACCGGCAUCUUGAGUGGUUACUCAGACGGACUGAUGAGAUCUAG